AUGCCACUACACUACGAUCCGGCGGUCAAACGAUCACAGUUCGCUUGCAGCCUUUUCGCGAUCGAAACCAAUCAAUCGAGACACACAACUGUAAAAAUGAAGGGAUUCAUCGCGAUCGCUGUGCUGGCUCUGGCCACUGUCUCCAAGGGAUCCUAUCUGCCAGCAGUACAGACAGUCCUCCCGUAUUCCUACAACUCGGGGCUGUAUGGUCUGAACACCUAUGAUGGUCUGGGUCACUACUCGUCCCUUGCAGGACUUGGAUACUCGUCCGUCCUGGAUCAUGGCCUGUCGUACCCGUACUCGACUGCUCUUCCGUAUGCUGGCUAUAACAAUGGUCUGUAUGGAGGAUACUAUGGACCAAAGUACGCUCCGACCGUCGUCCAGGCCAACGUGAACACUCUGCAGACGGUCAACCCAUGGGGUCUGCAUGGAGGAUACUACGGUUCGAAGUAUGCCCCGACUGUUGUCCAGGCUAACCUGAACACUCUGAAGUCGGUCAACUCGCUGGGACUGUAUGGAGGAUAUGGACUCGGCCAUGGAUACGGACUAGGAUACUCGUCCGUUCUGGAUCAUGGCCUGUCGUACCCGUACUCGACCGCUCUUCCAUACGCUGGCUAUAACAAUGGUCUAUAUGGAGGAUACUAUGGAUCAAAGUACGCUCCGACCGUCGUCCAGGCCAACGUGAACACUCUGCAGACGGUUAACCCAUGGGGUCUGCAUGGAGGAUACUACGGAUCGAAGUAUGCCCCAACUGUUGUCCAGGCUAACGUGAACACUCUGAAGUCGGUCAACUCGCUGGGACUGUAUGGAGGAUAUGGACUGGGUCAUGCAUACGGACUCGGCCAUGGAUACGGCUAUGGAUACAACAACUACCUGCCAGUUGAGGCUCAUGCUGCCAAGUACGUUGCUGCCAACCCGGGAGCCGUCCAUUUCUUCGUCGCAAUCAUGGCGCUUGCCUUCAUCGCUGCCUCUGAGGCGUCUUACCUGCCGUACGAUGAUGUCCUUUCGUACUCCGGAUAUGGCACGGGACUCCCACUGUCCAAGGUGGUCGUUGGAUCUUCGUACGAUCUUCCAGCAGUCGUCGACAAGUACUCCUAUCCCUCGUGGUAUGGUUCCUAUCCUGCAGUGAAGAAAGUGGUCGAAUACCCAUCGGUUGCUCCGGUGCUGGCCACGAAGGUCGUCGAUAACAGCUACGGACUGGGAUACAACAAGCUCGUCGCUCCUGUUGUGGCCACUAAGGUCGUUGAUAACAGCUAUGGCCUGGGAUACAACAAGCUCGUCGCUCCGGUCCUUUCGCAUGGAUACGGUCUAGGAUAUAACAAGCUCGUCGCCCCGGUUGUAGCCUCCAAAGUCGUCGAUGACAGACUUGGAUACUCGUCCGUCCUGGACCAUGGACUGUCGUACCCGUACUCGACCGCUCUUCCAUACGCUGGCUAUAACAAUGGUCUGUAUGGAGGAUACUAUGGAUCGAAGUACGCUCCAACCGUCGUCCAGGCCAACGUGAACACUCUGCAGACGGUUAACCCAUGGGGUCUGCAUGGAGGAUACUACGGAUCGAAGUAUGCCCCGACUGUUGUCCAGGCUAACGUGAACACUCUGAAGUCGGUCAACUCGCUGGGACUGUAUGGAGGAUAUGGACUGGAAUCAGAACGAUCUCUAGUACGAUCACACAUCAGUGACCUCUCCACAUCUCCAACUGGUCUAUAUGGAGGAUACUAUGGAUCAAAGUACGCUCCGACCGUCGUCCAGGCCAACGUGAACACUCUGCAGACGGUUAACCCAUGGGGUCUGCAUGGAGGAUACUACGGAUCGAAGUAUGCCCCAACUGUUGUCCAGGCUAACGUGAACACUCUGAAGUCGGUCAACUCGCUGGGACUGUAUGGAGGAUUCUACGGUUCGAAGUACGCUCCAACUGUCGUCCAGGCCAACGUGAACACUCUGCAGACGGUUAACCCAUGGGGUCUGCAUGGAGGAUACUACGGAUCGAAGUAUGCCCCGACUGUUGUCCAGGCUAACGUGAACACUCUGAAGUCGGUCAACUCGCUGGGACUGUAUGGAGGAUACGGACUCGGCCAUGGAUACGGCUAUGGAUACAACAAUUACCUACCAGUUGAGGCUCAUGCUGCCAAGUACGUUGCUGCCAACCCGGGAGCCGUGCAUGUGGCUCCUCUGCCAGGACACCUCGUCAACCAGAAAUCGAUCGUUGCUUAG